AUGUCUGUCGAAGUCAUCAAGACCAUCUCCCCCACGACCAACGAAGUCGUUGUGACUCGCAAUGGUGUGACCGAGUCGGAGCUGGAGCAGAUCCCCGAGACGGCCACCAAGGCCUUCCAGACGUACCGCAUGACCCCUCUCUCGGAGAGGAAGGCCAUCGUCAAGAAGUUUCUCGACAUCCUGUCCAGCCACCAGGAUGAGCUCGCCAAGGAGAUUACGGAGCAGAUCGGUCGACCCAUCGCCUUUGGCGCCAAGGAGGUGGCCACGGCCGUCAAGCGAGGCGAGUACCUCCUCAAGAUCAGCGACGAGGUGCUCAAGGAUGUCGACGGCGAGCCCGAGAAGGGGUUCAAGCGUUUCAUCCGUCGCGUGCCCGUCGGACCCGUGCUCAUCAUCUUUCCGUGGAAUAUUCUGCCUUACCAGUACCCCUACCUCACGCUGGUCAACUCUCUCGUUCCGGCUAUCCUGGCGGGCAACAGCGUGAUCCUGAAGCCGUCACCGCAGACGCCGACGGUGGCGGAGCACGUGACGCAGUACUUCGCCGAGGCGGGGAUCCCGCAGGGCGUGGUGCAGUACUUUCACUGCGGGUCGCCGACCGUUCUCGAGACGAUCGUGCGCAAUCCCAAGAUCGCGCUGAUCUGCUUCACGGGGUCGGUGCCGGCGGGCCUGGCGGUGCAGAAGGCGGCGUCGGACCGGCUGGUGGGUGUGGGCCUCGAGCUGGGCGGCAAGGACCCGGCGUACGUGAGGUCGGACGUGGACCUGGCGUGGGCGGCGGACGAGAUCGUCGACGGCGCCAUCUUCAACUCGGGCCAGAGCUGCUGCUCCAUCGAGAGGGUGUACGUCGACGGCAGCGUGCACGACGCCUUCGUGGCCGAGGUGCAGAAGGUGCUGUCGGGCUACAGGCUGGGCGACCCGUCGGACAGGUCGACGCACGUCGGGCCCGUCAUCUCGGUGCGGUCCAAGGAGACGAUCGAGUCUCACAUCCGCGACGCGCUCGACAAGGGCGCCAAGGACAGCACCCCCGCCGACAACGAGACGUUCGCCAACCCGCCCGCGCGCGGCAACUUUGUCAAGCCCACGCUGCUCACCGGCGUGGACCACUCGAUGCGCGUCAUGACGGAGGAGACGUUCGGCCCCGUCGUGGCCGUCAUGAAGGUCAACGGAGACGACGAGGCCGUCAGGGCCAUGAACGACAGCGAGUUCGGCCUCACCGCCAGCAUCUGGACCAAGGAUACCGACAGGGCGUACGAGCUGGCCGAGCAGGUCGACGCCGGAACCGUCUUUGUCAACCGAUGCGACUAUCCCAGCCCGGAUCUCGCGUGGAUUGGCUACAAGAACUCGGGCAAGGGCCAGACGCUCGGACGGUACGGUUUCGAUCAGUUUGUCAAGUCCAAGAGCUUCCACCUCAAGAAUUAUCCUAAAUAA